AUGAAUGAAGUGUAUUUGGAAGUAUAUUCUUUAACAGAAUUAUGUCUAGUUCCAAUAGAAACAAUAAUAACAUUAUUUACUGUAAAAUACUGCAAUUCUAAAAUUAAUAUUAAGCUUGUACCAAGUGAACAAAAACCUCUUGAACGAGUAUAUACUAUAAAUAUUUCCACUUUUGUUUAUGAAGUUAUGGAUAUGAAUAAAAUUCCAUAUCCAGCACUAUCAUGUGAAUUGCCAAUUAUCGUUAUAAAUAAAACUAGUUGCAUCGCAGGGCUUUGCGCGAUUCUGCGCGAAAUAAUCAAAGAAAUCACGGCAGAAUGUCCGACACAUUACUGUCGAAAGUUAUUAGGGUUCAAAGAAUCCUGUUUAACUGCUUGUUCAGAAUCAAGCGUUUGGACGAAAUUUUGCGAGGUAGAUUUGGUACUGACCGUAAAAUUUCUACACAUGGAUGAUGCAAAACAAAGCAAGUUACCUUCCAGCAUGGCCAGAUUUGAAUAUCACAUGUCGCAACCAGCUAGGCUGCACAAUCUGUAUAAAUAUACCAGGUCGAAAAAAUAUUUUGACGAGAACGUAAUUUCACAAGAUGGAACGCCAGAACAUACAUAUGCUGAAGGUUCGUACGUCACUCUAGCAGAUAUAAUUAUAUUUGUUUGUACUCAUAUUUUAUUGAGUGUAUUUUCGAGCGAAACUACAAUGCAGCUUCUUCCAUUAACCGUUAAAUGGUAUAAAAGAAUGAUCGAAGAUCAAAUUAUACUCGACUGUCUCGAGUGUUUGCCAUUAUUGAAGAGUCAAGAUACGACUAAAUUCAAUUACACGUUUCCUGAUGUACCAAAUCAAAGUCUGUAUAAAAGUGAUCCGAAAAGAUAUAAACCGAAAAGUCGCGUUUAUACGAGACAAGAAGAUGUGGAGUACUCGUUGCAAUUGUUCAAAACCUUAAACAUACAAACCAAACUAGACUUGGAACCAUUUGGUGCAGAAUUGAAUCUUGAUUGGUCUUUGGUACCGUAUGACGCUACCCCAGAAGGUGGUGCUUUGCCACUUGCGCGCUUAAGAAGGAAACACGAACAAUUAGAAAAUAUGUGUAAACCGGUGAUGAAGUUGGCAAAAACGGGAGAUGUAAUAGUGGACUUUUGUUCUGGUAGCGGUCACUUGGGUAUCUUAGUCGCGUACUUUCUGCCAUAUUGUACCGUUAUAUUAUUGGAGAAUAAAGAAAAAUCGUUGAACAGAGCCAAGGAAAGAGUGAACAAGUUAAAAUUAACGAACAUAAAAUUUUAUCAAUGUAAUUUAGACUAUUUCAAAGGACACUUCGAUAUUGGUAUGUCGUUGCAUGCGUGUGGAGUUGCAACUGAUUUAGUCAUACAACAAUGCAUCAAAGAAAAAGCUAUUUUUGUGUGUUGUCCGUGUUGUUAUGGAUCAUUACAUAAUUGUCAUCAUUUAACAUACCCAAGGAGUAACAUUUUUAGGGAUGAAAUAGAUCAGGAAAGUUAUAUAAUUCUUAGUCAUGCUGCAGACCAAACACAUGAUGAGAAAAAUGUUAAAACAAAUCAGGGAUACGAGUGCAUGGCUAUUAUCGAUACCGAUAGAAAGUUAUUGGCCGAGCAAUUUGGCUAUAGAGUGUAUCUUUCGAAAUUCAUACCGAACACGUGUACACCUAAAAACCAUAUAUUAGUAGGUAUUCCUAAAAAAGAAAUUGUAAACGUCGAAUGUGUAAGUUAAUUAAGUUACAUAUUCGUGAAUUCUGUAUUUUACAAUGAGAUGGGAAAUGAUGAUCAAUUUAAAAAUUAUCCUUGUUGGUCGAACGAUUUUUAAAUAAAAGCAUAUUUACUUAUCUAAAAAAUAAAGUGUUUUUUUGUCGGUAUAUUAAUCAUAUCGGUCGAUAUAAGUACGAAAUGAAGAAUGUGUGUGAAUCUGUGAAUAAAAGUGUGAAUUAGUUAAGUUACAUGUUCAUGAUUUCUACAUUUUAUAAUGAGAUGAGUAAUGAUGAUCAAUUUAAAAAUUAUUCUUGUUGGACGAACGAUUUUUAAAUAAAAGCAUAUUUACUUACCUAAAAAAUAAAGUGUCUUUUUCUUAGUAUGUUAUAUUAUAACGAUCGAUAUAAGUACGAAAUGAAAAAUUAUAAUAAUAUUUAGCUUAAACUAUUAACAAAGUGCGUUAAUAUUGUUGUGCUAGUUUUAUUAAAUUGUACGAAGAGAUUUUAUUGGUAUGUACAAAAAAAGGAGGAAAGAAUUAUAUAGUAUAUAAAUUAUUAGUGUUAUGUCAGUGUCUUACACAGUUGUUUGAUCUAUUAUUAAGUAGCUAGGGACAACAUGAGAGAGACAGAAAUGAAAAAGGUUUUACCUUUAUGUAAAUAUGUUAUAGGUAUGUCAAGGAACUAGGGAAUAUUUACUUUUUGUUUGCUAUAUCACUACAAGCACUGAGUAUAUGUUUCCUUUAGACAAUAUUGAAAUUUAAAUAUUCUUUUGCUUUUAUUUUACCGUUUAACAUUUUUCAACACUUAAUUUUGGUCUUUUAAUAAAAUGGCUAAUGGAGAACGAAGAUAGAAGUACCAUUUACACAUUUCAUGUCUUUAAGAUUGAUUUUCAUGUACUAUUUACAAUUUCAGUCGUACGAGCACAGAUACACUACCACAGAGUAGGUUAGCUGUAUCUGGUAUUCCUUUCACUUAAGUAGUAAGCUUAUGUUUAAUUAACUUCACCUACAAAGCUUCGUCCCCGUGUGAAAGAUAAUACUUAACAUCAAGAGAUCUUAAUAAUUGUUAUAAGCUAAACUAACUUUGUGGAUGUAGCGCAAUGCACGUAGAAGUUCAUAGACGUACUUUAGUAUUUUUCUCAAAGGAAUUUAAUUAUAUUAAUGAAAAAUCAUUGAAACUUAAGAUAUA